UUUUGCCGAUGGUAAAAUUUUGGAAAAUUUACACAUUGAUAAUGUAGUAAUGACGGAUAAUGACGAGGCAACUAGCACUACUCCUGGUGCCGACCCGGCUAAUGGCAAAUUUUCUGUUUAUGCCCCGGCACUGUUGGCUUUGGAAGAUAAUCGCAACCUUGAUGCUGACCUGGCUGAUUUGAAAAAAUAUAGUAAUGCGGUCGCAAAUACUAACGAACAAGUGGUUUAUGGCAUAAGCUAUUAUAAAGGACAAGUGGAUGAUGUAUUACGGGCUAACGCUAAUCAAUUUAUUAUUGCCCUUCGUCAUGGUGCCACGGGCGCUGGUGGUGGAAUCGGUAAUGCUAAUUUGGUUUGGGAAGAUGGCGUUAAUGAUGAAACUCACGGAGAAAUAAGCAAAAUAUUUGAUGAGACAAACGGGAUAAAGAAAAAUCCCGCUG